UCCCCCCUCCCCUCCCUACUGGCCAAGGGAGACAGUGAAGUGACCAUCUCAGCAGACGAAGGCGCCAUGGCGGGCUGGGGAGGCACUGUCCGCUCGGGGUUAGGCUUCUGUAUUCUCACUCUAGUCUUCCUUGCUGUGGUGCCCGCUGCUGGAGGCAUUAAGGAGUCCCACACGCUUAAGUUCAACAAUCUGAUGGGACCUACGCUCAGGUUUCUAUACUGUUACUCGUGAGGUUACAAGAAGGUUUUUGAGCAGUAUGCCAACAUCCUGCGAGAAAAAUAUCCUGAAAUCUCCAUCUUGGGGGACAACUACCCUCCACCAGAUUGGAAGAUGUGGAUGGCGCAGAUGCUCGGAGCUGCCAAACUCCUCUUCAUAGUAAUGAUAAUUGCCGGGAUCAACAUGUGGGAGUGGCUUGGGCAGGAAACUCCAUCCUGGUGGACGUGGUUUGUGAACAACAAAAUCUAUGCUUGUAUGAUGGUCUUCUUUCUCUGUAAUGCCAUUGAGGGUCAGCUCAUUUCUACAGGUGCAUUUGAGAUCUCCUUUAAUGAUGUUCCUGUUUGGUCAAAGCUGGAAACAGGCCGUAUACCUCAGCCACCAGAGCUCUUUCAGAUUAUUGACAACCACGUACGCUUCAAUCAAAACUCAAACACAUGGAGUGAAAGUAUCUAACCUUAAGCCUGGAUAUAGUUCAUCUGCAGUAUCUGUGAUGUCUGGCCAUGUUGGAUAACAGUUUGAUAUGAAGAUUCGGGAUCUUCAUGAAAAUUGGAUUGGAGCUGUUCCCAGCAUUUUUAUGAACAGUCAAGAAGGUCCAGAGUACAACAAAUACAUGUAAAUUUUGUUUCCUGCAUGCCUUUUGUCUUAGCUGUGUAUUGUUUUCCAUUAUGAAGGCCACUGUGGAAAGCAUUUGUAUGUUGACUGUGGCUGGAAAUUUAAUUAAGAAAACAGUAUACAGUGAGAAAGGCAUACAGGAGACCUGAUGCUGAUUUUCAGGCAGUUUUGCAUAUGUACUUCUAUAAAUUUGAUCAAACAGUAGUUUGGUAAUGAUGCUGGGUAGUAGUUGGCAAUACUGUAAGCCAUGAGGUAUAUACUUGGAGAUCACUCCAGUGCAUUUUUUUCUGAUUAAAAUCUUACCAUUUUUUUUUUUAUUAAACUUAUUCAGAGGAAUGCAAAUAAGUAUCAGCAAUAUUUUAAAAUGUGGGUCAACAAAAAGAUUAAAUUUUACUUUAAACAUAGUUACAUUAUAUUGGAGGUAUAUCUUUUAGCUUUUUAGUUUAAUUUGUGAUCAUAAUGAGAGUGUAGAUUUGGAUGUUGAUUAGAAUGACUGGAGAGAGAGAGAGAGAGAGAGAGAGAGAGAGAGAGAGAGAGAGAGAGAGAGAGAGAGAGAGAGAGAGAGAGAGAGAGAAUAUAAGGACUUUAUUAGUCACUGAAAUCUACCUAUACACUAAGCUGACAUCCCUUGCAAAAGUGGAUAACCAAGAAAAAGACACCCCACACAGUCAUACAAUGUAGCAGAAAACAUCUAUAAGUGAUGAAAUCAUCACUUAUAGAUACACCAAAUCUAGGAAUACCACUUAAUUAACAAUGAAAAAUAUUAUGAAUUUGUACUGUACAUGAGUGGUUCUUCCAGAUUAGCUGAGAAAGCAUGAAAUCAACAUUUAUACAUAAAUGUAAAGUGAGUUGAAGUUCUAAAUUUAAAAAGUGCCGUGUAAGUUUUUUUUUCCCUUGCCUUGUUAACCAUUCAUGUUAGGUAAAGGGUGAACCACUUCUGGUUUCUUGAGGCUAGCAGUCUCAGGAAGACAGGACUGGCAAUCUUCUGCUCCUGCUGGGAAGGAAGGUCACAACUUCUCAUUUUACAUAUCCUAUUAAUUGAGGUGAACGUGGGCAAUAAAUUUCUUUCCCUGGUCUCGGAUUCAAACCCAGGAUCUUUCAGAUAUCUAAGUGCUUGCUACUGUGCCUCCAUCUUUGAUUGAAACUAGUCCAAAACCUUCAAUGCCUCAUAAAUGACAAAAUUUUCAUUGUUGCAGCUCUCCUCUUGCAUCAUUAAUUUUGAAAUUAAAAAUCGAGUACCAUUUCUCCACACAAAACUAUGAUUCUAUCAUAGUCAAAAAUUGGUGUCAUACUUUAGGGUGAAAAAAAUAUGAACUUUUAUUUGUAAAGGAUGAAGGAAGCUUAUAACCCCAUUUUUAUCUUAAGAAAUGUCUACAUGUGUGUGUACAUAUCAUAUGUAUGGUUACAUUGUGUAUUUAAAAUGGUACAUAUCCUCCUUGGAGGCAUAUUGUGGCUCAGAGCAGCAUGACUUUCAUCAGUCAUCUGUGGCCUUGAUUUCUUUGCCAGCACUUGGUGCUAUAAUGUUCAAUUGUGUAUCAUGAUGUGCUCAUCAGACUUGCUUCCCAAGUGCCCAGCAGAAAGUAAUAUGAAUUUCUGUUCUAAAAUGUCAAGAAAUUAAGAUCAAGGUUGAGACCACAAAUUCCAUUAAAUCUUAACAGUGCACAUUGCUUACCAUAUGUGGUAAUGCUAACAAAUAUCAGAAAGGUGUCAGUUAAGGACCAUUUUAUAAACUGAGUAAGAAGUUAAUUGUGAAGUUGACUUUGUAUUCAUUUACAGAAAGUCUGUGUUUGAUAAACUUUAUUGUUGUCAUGCUCUUUUUAUGCAGCUGUAGCAUUAUUCAAGCUUUUUCAGAAACCUAAGCUAGCAUGAAAAAAAAUAAUAAAUAAAUAAAAAAUAAACAUACUGUACUAUAUUCCACUAGAAUAUAUGUAUAAUUGGUUGAAUAUUUAGGGUGUUAAAACAGUGUUUGAGACAGUGCCUGUAUGACUGGUGUCUUUGGGUGGCUACAUUUUAUCCCUUGUAAGUCUCAAAGAGACCACAGCAAUGUCUGACCUCACACUACAAAGAACUAACAGACAUUCCCUUCAACUAUCACUGAUGUACAUUUGUUUUGAGAAUAAUUGUCUUCUUCCUAAUAUUUGAUUUUGGUUUUUAUGUUGUAAUCAUUUAAGUUUUUAUCUGAAAAUAAGAAACCAGUCUUUUGUAAACCCAGAAUAAAAUUUUAAAGUUAAACAGAAGUAA